AUGCUAAAGUGGACUGUUACCAAGCGCUCGGAAGCAAGCGGUGGAAAUGUCCUGUCGCAGGGCCAGGUUCUCAUGGAAAAGCGCCGUCAUGCACGACGUUCUCUUGGGGCACUGAGUGAGCGUAUUGAAGCAGCUGGAAGGAACGCAGUGUCUAAUGAUGGUGCCAGCAACGGAUUGGCGACGCACCAUCAAAUCAAGCUACGUCGAUCCCUCGGGACUGCCGUCCACGGGCUUGCUAAUUAUGAUAAGGAAAAUCGAUGUAUUACCUCUACGCCGCACCCGAUGACCAGCAGCAGAACAUUGGAUUCACCGUACUCUGCGGCGUUGCGAGACGUGAGCAACAUUACUCCCAACACAACACCCUGCCGACUGUCGACUGUAUCCACUCCUCAGAGCCGCAAGCGGACAUGGGCAUCUUCUCCGGCUUCGGUGGGUCAAAAGAGAGCACCCAAUCAAGAGAUUACCGUCUUGCGUGAGCCGUACGCCACAACUUUGCCUACUUUUGAUAUCGAAUAUUCACCCUGCGGCGGUAAAAAUGUUCCUUUUCUGGCGAUUCGCGGUUUGGGAAUGACAGAAUUUGAAAAUCCCGGUCGAUACUUUCCCACGGACGGCGAAGAGCCGUCAUCGAAGCGCUGCAAGACCAGCGAAAAACAAUCGAUGCCUGACGAAACUGCUCCCAAAAAAGCACCGGUAGGAGUCCCUGGCUUGACUCCUCUCUCGUCGCGGUUCGCUGAUCUACGCUUCAACAAGGGUAGCUUCAAACGGCCACGGUCGGUAGCAAAGACGGUUAACAACAACCAUUUGCCUCCUCCGGAGACCGGAGUGGAUGCACCAGAGGAAACGAAUGAACUAUCAUUGAAUUCGUCGGAAAUGGGAGACAUUACGCUGGACAAGAUGAUCGACGCCAUACUGGAGAGCGCCAAAAAAGACUCUCGCUGGGCCACACCACGCCCGAAACGGUCCUCAAGCAUCAAGUCCAAGCAGUCGAAAGGAUCGUCGCCAACGUACACACCGGCCGACGAUCCGGCUACCGACCUGUACCUCUUGGAGCGGCAUCUUCCAGUGCGAAUAGCGCAACAAGCAGGUGAAACGACAAUAAUUCUUGCAGAAACCAGUCACGUCAACGAAAGAGAAGUCAAAACACCCGAACCAAUACGCGAGCAUCAAACCACCUCAUCAACCAGCCGGGGGUUCCGUCAGUCGCUAAACAAACUUGUGCUGGCAAGUCCGCUGGAAGCGGCCUGUCAUCUGCGGCGUCAAAAGGCCGUCAGAAGAAAGCAUGGUAAGCAAGAAUCCGGAGGCCUUGAUGGUGGUGGUGUAGCAUCAAUGCAACGGAAAGACUUGCAGGCCAGCGAUGCAUCGAAAAGCCCAGAAACCCCAAACGUAGCCUUCAGUCACUCCAGAAUCGAUCAGCUGGCUUUGGUAAAAACGCCCGUCCAUGAGGGAGCUUGCGUAUUCGCACCAGAGGAUGGUACUGUAGAGUUGCAGAAACAGCAGGAGCAGCAAUUGGUAUCGGCCACCGCAACACCCAGCAUACGAUCAACUGAUCUACAGGGCUGCUCCACACCUACCGAGUCGAUCGAGAAGACGCGUAAGUGUCUCAACUUUUCGCCAACGCUCAGCGAGGACUCGCUGGAAAAGCGAGGGUCGGUUGCCUCCUCAAUAACCUCGCGCUGUUCUAGGGCUGGUUUCGCGCUGGGCACAGGACCGACCGUGCGGGGUACACUCGAACUAAGUAUCGGUUUCGACCAGACAGGUCGCCUGCAAGUACACGUCAUCCGUUGCCGAGACCUUCAGAGAACGCAAACAGGCAGCACGGCAGGUUGCAAUGCUAUCAACGCGUAUGUAAAAGUGGCGCUAACCACCAUCGGCAACACCGGCAGCGUACUGGCGGGACACACGGAAUUCGGUCCAUUUCAACGCACAGCCGUCCAUCGUAACUCCAACCGACCGAUCUUUGACCAUCGGUUUUUCUUCGAUACUCAGCCGGAUGACGAGCGCCGGAUUCAGCUGGCCGUUUGGCACCGGGAUAGAGAAUGCAGACGAAGCGAGUUUUUAGGAUGUAUAUCAUUUCCCGUUCAGAAUGUGACUAAGCAGGAUAUCAAUGGAGCAUACCACCUGCAGCCGCAAUCUUGUUUGACGAAUCCUAUCGCACCGCUUCCAGACACCAUGUGUGAGAACUCUCAAUCCUGCGUGGAUGAAAUAGUGUGCACGGUAGACACUACCAGCAGUGCGAUGUCCUUGACUACAGGAGUUGCUGUGGGCACAGUACCGGACCAUACCAACGGCACCGGUGAACCUCUUAGCCUCAGUAAGAAGGCGCUCCAUCAACGUGACGCAGACGAGAAUCUAUUUCUGCGCUUCCUAGAGCUCGAUCCGUCCCCCGAGGUAGCGCCAUCGGGCGGUUGCGGAAAUCUUCCGGUACCGGCCACUCCACGUCGCAAUUCUGUCUGCUCGAGCACCAAACCGGCUAGUGCUUCAUUGGGACGCACGCCUUUUACGAUUACGAAGCGACUAGCACGGUCCGGUGACAGAGGGUUUGGCUUUUCUAUCGUUUGGACUCAUCCACCACGCGUGGAAAAGGUGGAGUCGGGUUUAUCGGCUGAGAAGGCUGGCAUCCUACCCGGGGACUAUGUGGUGUUUGUCGAAAAGCACAACAUCGUCACCAUGCCUGAGCAGGACGUGCUGAAUCUGAUCAGAUCGCAGGGUAACACGUUGUUGCUGGAAAUUUUUCGGCGGCCUCAACAAACAGGCGGCCAGCACUCGCGUAGCAACUGUCUUCGUAAUUCCAUCACGGGGCCAGCGAACGCAUCCACUAUUGGGAGCAACAACGCCAUUAACUAUCCGUCGCUAAAUGCUUGUGCUGCCAUCAUGCCAUCACUUUUGGACGAACAGGAACCCUCCCUGAAGACUGCCGUUCCGUACGGAGUGGCUCGGUCGUCGACGGCUUGCUCCAAUUUUUCCAUCGAAACCGCCAAACGGAAGCUUCACUUACCGCAAGUUACAUUUAGCAAAGAGUCAAUUGUUCAACCUUUUCCCGACGAUCAUCGCCGAAAGUUUCUCUACCAGCUGAUUAGCCGUGAGCAACACUUUGUUAACGCCAUAAAUUUUGGUAUUGAGCGAUUUGUCAAUCCACUACGUGAACGAAAAGACUUAAUCUCACCGAAUGACCACAAGAUCCUUUUUCAAAACAUCGACGAGCUGUCACGAAUAUCAGAAGAUAUUCUGGAGCAAAUCAUACAGGAUGAUACCGAACCUCACAUCCACUUCGCUUCCCGUGUCUAUCUGUCCAAGAGUACAGCCCUAUGCGUGGCCUACAGGAAGUAUUGUAAUGGGCUCAAGAAGGCCGAUUGUGUACUGGUCAACAAGUCAAGAAAUUCAAACUGUGAUUUUAUGAAAUUUAUAACGGAGCCACCGGUACCACGGAAACGUCCAGAUCUCACCACAUUCAUUCAUCGUCCGCUUCAGCAUUUUAGGGAAAUUUUAAAACUAGUGCAAAUGAUUGCGUCCCAUUGUCGUGUAGAUAGUGAAGAACAUAAUAAUUUCAACAGUAUCAUUAGUGAGUUGCAGAUCGCGUAUCGUGAAAUUACUGUUGGCGGUGGGCUUAUGGAACCGAUAGGUGAAGGUCGUCCGCUGUUAACAUUACAGGACCUAGAGGCACGGAUGGUGUUUACCAAGUGUAAACCAUUUCAACUGGCAUCUCACGGACGGCAAUGGAUUUUCGGUGGUGAUCUAUCACGAGUUGAAGGACGCUCAAUUAAACCAUACUGGACACUGCUGUUUAGUGACAUUUUGCUCUUUGCCAAAGUCAGUCGUGAUCGUGUGCUGUUUAUCACUGAAGAGCCUAUAGCUCUAUCUACAAUUACCGAUUCAUGUUUCAAUAUACGUAAAAAGAGUACUGAGUUUCGUAUCACAACCGAUCCGAACGGAAGGCAAAUCGAAAGCCCAACGGUGCAUUGCGCUCCGGACUUAACCCGUACACCGAAGAAAAGUUCAAAGAAACGCUACAUCGUGCUCCGUGCGCCAUCAACGGAACUGAAAGCAGUUUGGCAAAAUUUACUCACCAGACAAAUCUUCUUGGUGAAUGCCACCCUUGGUUCUACGCCACUGAGCAGCCCGCUGGAUUCACCGGAUAUUCUUCAAUCGCUUGUACCGAUCAGCGAUAUUGGAGCUACGGCAACCACCAUGGCGUCUGUGAAGGUGCCUUCGCUAGAUAGCAUUCAUCUGAAAAAUCAACAGUCAAGACUGACCAGGGUUCCAAAACAAGUCGAGGAGCUUAUCGAUGAAAAAUGUAGAAAACUGAAUAAGACGGGCGUACCACAGGGCAGUGCUCUUCAUUUGGCGGAAUGGAUGAAGGGACAGUUGGACAAGCAGGUGAUCGAAUCCGAUCCAAUAGACUCCGAUCCCGAGCAGUUGGUUGAAGAGUGGUCUGUAGAGCAAGUGGCAAACCGAUCGAAAGAACUUAAUCUGGUUGAUGUUGGCGGAAGUCUUUGCACACCGUCGCUGAAUGGUAAUGGCCACAGUACUGGAAAUAGCAUUGCAAAAUCCGCAACCGAUGGACAACAUCCACCGGACGACAGCUCUGCGUUUGAAGAGGAUGACGAUAAUAAGAGCGUAUCUAAAAGCACAACAUCUGACAGUCAGAUAACGGUGCGGUCGAGUCCAUUGAGUAACAAAAUAGACACGAUUUCAAUGUGCCGGCAAUGUCACAAGAAUUGCAAAAGCCGUUUGAACUCAUCAAGCAGCAACUCCUUGACGGUGCAGCACAGCCAGAGUGCUCCACUUAACCGAUGUUGCGUCUCCAGUUCAACGACGGGCAGUAGCCUUAACAAAAGCCCAAAUUCCGUGUCAAGCAUGUCUUCCUCUAGUACGCUAACAACGCUAGGUAGAUCCGUGGGGCAGGACAAUGAACCCGCCGAGCAUGCCGUAACGGACACGCAUGAUCGACGACGUGGCCCACAAAUAGCGACUAAUGGAAGUUACCGGACUAAGUGUCAAACGCCUUGCCAUUGCAAAUGCACACCCAAGGAUUUUGAAAAAAGUACGCUUAGUCCGGACGAGUUGUUACACGAGCGUGUGAAAAUAUUGGAUAACAUCAACGAGAUUAAUGCGAACACUACUACAAUGCAACCAUUAAACAGUACUAACAAAAUUAACGGCACUUUGGCGAACCACAACCCGUCACCGAAUCAACGGCAAGAUAAUGUAACUGAGCGAGCAGAAAUCUUCACAAAUAAUAACAACAACGGGGAUACUGCAGCGUGGUCGCUAAUGGGGUUGAUUGGGCUUGCUCAGAUGAACCCGGUAGCAUCACUUGUACAGAUAGAUCCGUUUGAAGCUCUUCCGACCAUCGCCGUAGUACCACCAACUCCAGACCCUGCAGGCCAAGCAUCGUCUCAUCAGACAAUGGAACUUACGAUGCCGUGGUCAACACAAACACGUCGGCUACAUCUAAACCCGGUCGGGCAGGUGGCCGAUGGAGCUGUUAGCGAUGAGUAUUCGCCCGAUAACUCUCCCGACGAUGAGAUCAUUGAUCCCCCGUAUCGUGCCCUCAAUACUGGCCUAAAGCGUUACGGUACCAUAUCCAGUCUAGAAAGGGUUCCUUCGGAGGACACAGACGACAACAAGACCUACAAUUCUUCGGAGGAAGAUUCAGAAAGCGAUAUCAAAAUUAUCACCAAGGAAGUAUACGACAAUAAUACACAAACUUUUCUAAACUGGACUACCAGAGCCGGCAAUUUUAUCGAAGAGUCACGAGCAUUUAUAGAUCGUUACCUUGGACGACGAGAUAACAGCGCGGAUGAUACCGAGGAUAAAAACGAGAAUGAAUUGAACCGCGACAAACGUCCCAGCGACCACGCAGGAAGCAGUGGCGGUGACGAAGAGGAAGCAAUAGAAGGGGAAACGUCGGCCACAUCUGGCGAAGAAGUUUGGGGAACACCUACCAGUGGCGGUGAAAAUGACGACAUGCAGAUCUUCGGUAGCAUCGAGCAAACACACUCGUCUCCUACUAAAUCAUCCUCGUCGUAUACCGGUGAUGACGAUACGGAAUUGAUGAUGGAUGAACUACUUAUGGCUCCGCCGAUGACAGCUAGCGCUGUUCGUGGACUACUACCAAGACGUAAACUAGAACCACUAUUCGAAGAAGAAAGCGAAAGCUAUGAAUCGGAUGAUGACAGCAAACCACUCAACGGGCGAGAAAAACAGGGGCAAGCUUCGGAAAAAAAUCCUCUGGUUUAUGCGGAUUUAAAAGAUUCCACCGGAUCCGAAUCGGUAAGUACGACGCCGUCGUCGACAACCCGGGUAGAAGUGACCGAGACGAUCAAGACUACCACUCCCGACGAAAGUUAUGGGAGUGUUGCUGACAGAUGUUAUGCAUCUGUGCAGCUCCCGAGCACCGGGACGCGUUGUGCAAACGAUACCGAACAUUCCGCCGACAGGGCCAAUGCUCCGAUCGGGCUAUGUCCGAGGCUCGAGAUGCGCUUAGCGCUGAAUCACGACAUCCUCGGAGACGAAGACUUGCUCACAUACAGUCCUGGGCCGGAUCUGACCGCGAUUCUCGGGCACGACCUCUUCACAUACCAUCGAAUGAGCGGGAAGGACAUUAUCUUGAAUCGUAUCGUGACGCGUGUGAACAGCUACACCAACCUUCAGACGGCCCCGAACAUUGCCAUGACAACCAACACCGAGCGACCCACGUCAAUGGCAUCCAGCCAAACCCUGAAAAACGGAAUGAGCUCAUCAUAUCAGCAAAACAAUUCAAAGAUGGAUACUCCUAUACCGAAUCGCAGAACCGCUACCGUCCCAGCUACUUGGAACAAUUUUGGGUCUGUGGAUCGAGAAGAAAAGACUCUGUCGGACCUGGAACGUUUGGCGAGGCGGGAGAAAGUUUACUGUAUGACACAAUUCAGUCAAAACAGUUCUCAUCUGAAACAUACAGCUAGUUUUACCAACAAAACAAAACAUAAAAGCAAAUUAAUUAACUUUCUUUCGAGGCGUAACUCAGAGAAUCAAUUGGUAACACUUUUCACAAGCAAAGACACCAUUGAUGAUGGUUCCACAUCGCAACCGGAUUCCAGUCGCUUGAAUUCCCCACGGAAAGAAACUGUCAAAUCGUUAGAUCGCAGAUUCUGGAAACAAUUGAGCAAACGGCGAAGAUCUAGCUUACACGAGGUAGAACUUAAUGUCUAGGUGGGUUAUUCCUUAAGGGUAGUAAAAUGUGAAGCAUAAACUUUUCACAAAAUUACUUUAAAAAAUACACUGCGUCAUUCCUAUAUAAGUUCACAGA